AGUGUUUGUUGCUUGGAAACACAACGCAGACGCACGUCAACGUGUUUGGGCAGCUUCGUCUUCAUCACGUCUCUUAAUGAUGGCGGACAGAAACAGUCUUGAGAAGCUUGAUUUCGGUGCCUUAAGUCUCGAGCAACAGGAGAAGCUGCGACAGUUCAAGAUCAAGACACGAAUUGCCAAUGAAAAAUAUUUGAGAUCUCACCCAGAGGUGGAAAUGUUACUGAGUGACUUUUUAAGAGACAUGUUUCUGAAAAGGCCUGCAGACGUUCGUGAAUUUGCAGCAGGUCAUUUCAGUGACCCUGGACUGCCAACAAAAAUUCAGGCCCAAAUGAAUAUCAACAAUAAGUGAAAUUGCAUAUGUUCUUAAUUGUAUCUUUUUAAUAAAAGGAAAAAUAGAAAUGAGAA